AUGGGGUUCCUACGCAAGGCCUCCCUCUCCAAGCCGGAGAAUGAGGCCGGCAAGGUCUGGCCGGCCAUCGCCAUGGGCUUCUUCGUUGCCUUUGGUGGUGUUCUUUUUGGUUACGAUACAGGUACAAUCAGCGGUAUCAUUGUUAUGCCAUACUGGAAGAGUCAGUUCAGCACAGGCUUCACCGAUGACAAGGGGCCCAACAUCACUACCUCUCAAGAGUCUGCCAUCGUCUCCAUCCUGUCCGCUGGUACCUUCUUCGGCGCGCUCGCCUCACCCUUCCUCGCCGAUUCUCUUGGACGUCGUCCUGGCCUCAUAAUUUCUACCUGGGUCUUCAACUUGGGUGUCGCUCUCCAGACUGCUGCCACGGCUAUUCCCUUAUUCCUUGCUGGCCGUUUCUUUGCUGGCUUUGGAGUUGGCUUGAUCUCUGCUCUGAUCCCUCUGUACCAAUCCGAGACGGCUCCCAAAUGGAUCCGCGGUGCCAUUGUCGGCGCCUACCAGCUUGCCAUCACGAUUGGUCUAUUGCUUGCCGCUGUUGUCGACAACGCAACGGCCAACCGCAACGACAGCGGAAGCUACCGUAUCCCGAUUGCCGUACAAUUCGCAUGGUCCCUGAUCUUGCUCAUCGGAAUGAUCACCCUCCCCGAGACACCCCGUUACCUCAUUCGUGCCAACAAGCUCGAGAAGGCCGCCAAAGCUCUGGGCAGAAUACGCCGGCUUCCCGCCGAUCACCCCGCUGUCGCCGAGGAGCUGCAUGAGAUCAAAGCGAACCACGACCACGAAAUGAGUCUUGGUGCGGGGACUUCAUAUCUCGAUUGCUUCCGCCACCCCGUGUUGAAACGCCAGCUCACAGGCUCUGCUUUGCAGGCGUUGCAGCAGAUGUCAGGCGUCAACUUUGUAUUUUAUUACGGCACAAAAUACUUCGAGAAAUCGGGGAUUACCAAUCCAUUCACCAUCCAAAUGAUUACUUCAGCAAUAAACGUGGUAUCUACAGUUCCAGGUCUCUAUGCAACCGACAAAUGGGGUCGGCGGCCUCUGUUGCUGUUUGGUGCCAUUGGCAUGUGUAUUUCACAAUUUAUUGUGGGCAUGUCUGGCCAAAAGGCAGCAGUGGCCUUUGUGUGCAUCUAUAUCUUCUUCUUCGCGUCGACUUGGGGCCCACUGGCGUGGGUUGUAACCGGCGAGAUAUUUCCUCUUAAAACACGUGCCAAGUCUAUCAGCAUCACAACGGCGAGCAAUUGGCUGCUCAACUGGGCGAUUGCAUUCUCGACACCGUAUCUGGUCAACUGGGGCGAGGGAUCUGCUAAUCUGCAGUCCAAGAUCUUUUUUGUUUGGUUCGGCGCUUGCUUUAUCUGCAUUGCGUUUGUUUACCUGUUUAUCUACGAGACGAAGAACCUUACUCUCGAGGAAGUGGACCAGCUUUACGAAGAUGUCAAGUUUGCACCCAAGUCGACUUCGUGGCGCCCGACGGAAAGCUGGCAGCAACGAGCCAGCAUUGCCGCUCAAGGCGCGGAGAAGGCGCGGGGAGAGAACAUUGAGAACGCUGAGAAGCCGACUGAGAUUGCUUGA